AUGGCCAUCUAUUAUGACUAUUAUUAUUAUUAUGAAGAUAAUAUAUUCCAAAAAGCUUCAUUCUAUAGCAUUGCCUUCAUUCUGGGGGUCAUUGGAAAUGGGCUAGUCAUUUUCAUCACUGGCUUCUGUAUGAAGAAAACAGUCAGUCCCGUCUGGUUCCUCAACUUGGCCAUUGCCGACUUCACCUUCACCUUUUUCCUGCCCCUGCGCAUUGCCUACCUAGCCCUGGACUUUCACAGGCCCUUUGGGGAGGCCAUGUGCAAGUUCAACAGCAGCUUGGCCUUUGUCAACCUUUACGCCAGCAUCUACUUCCUCAUGGUCAUCAGCAUCGAUCGCUGUAUUUCCAUGUUAUGUCCUGUAUGGGCUCAGAAUCAUUGGAACCCCCGCUGUGCUUCUUUUGUCGCUCUUGGGCUUUGGAUUCUGGCCUUGAUGUUGAGUUCACCAUACAUCCAUUUCAGGAACACUAUGCAGACGGAGGAUGGGAUCCGCUGUUCUAACAACUAUAGCCCUGAUGAGAAACAGGUAAAAGUUACCUACCGUGCCAUGAUUAUCAGCCGUUUCAUCUUUGCCUUUGUGAUCCCCUUUCAAAUCAUCCUUAUUUGCUAUGGGGCGAUUGUUCUUUUUAUUUUUAUUAAUUUCAUGUGUAGAAGUCUGUUGUAA